AUGCUCACGGGAGGAGGAGGAGGAUAUAAGAUGACGGAUGCUCGACGUCUGGCUUCUCGCUUCAUCGGCAGCAUGUUCAACCAGAAGGAAAUGGCCUAUCUCCUCCAGAGAGCCAAGGAAGGAGACGCGGAGUGCCUGAACCUGAUCCGGCAGAGCCUGAAAGCGACGCACGUGUCAGACGAGCAGGGAUUCGACUCCAUCACUCCCCACAUCUUCGUCAUCCUUGGCGCUUCCGGAGACUUGGCCAAGAAGAAGAUCUACCCCACGAUUUGGUGGCUGUUUCGAGAUGGACUCUUGCCCAAGAACACCCUCUUCGUCGGCUACGCCAGGAGCAAACUCACUCUCGAAGAAGUUCGGGGGAAGUGCGAAUCCCACAUGAUGGUGAAAGGAGCGGAGCAGGAGAAGCUGGAGGAGUUCUGGGGCGCGAACCGCUACUUCCACGGCUCGUACGACGUGAGGAGGGACUUCGAGUUCCUCAACCAGGAGUUGGAGAAGCUGGUGAAGGGGAACCGGGCGAAUCGGAUCUUCUACCUGGCCCUGCCGCCGUCCGUGUUCCAGCCCGUCACCACGAACAUCAAACACACCUGCAUGGCACCGAGGGGUUGGUCGCGGGUGAUCAUUGAGAAACCCUUUGGGAAAGAUGCGACGUCCUCUGCGGAAUUGUCUCACCACCUCGCAUCGCUCUUCAAGGAAGAGCAGAUCUAUCGAAUCGACCAUUAUCUGGGCAAGGAGAUGGUCCAGAACCUCAUGUCUCUCAGAUUUGGGAACCACAUCUUUGGGCUGUCGUGGAACCGGCAGAGCAUCGCCAGUAUCCUGAUCUCGAUGAAAGAGCCCUUCGGCACGGGAGGGCGUGGCGGAUACUUUGACGAGUUCGGCAUCAUCCGAGAUGUGAUGCAGAAUCACCUCCUCCAGAUCCUCUGCCUCGCGGCAAUGGAGAAGCCCUGCACCGCCUCUGCAGACGACAUCCGAGACGAGAAGGUGGUUUCACCCAAACUGCUCGAUGUGAAAGUUCUAAGGAGCAUGAAGCCUAUAGAUCUGUCAGAUGUGAUCCUGGGCCAAUACGUAGGAGACCCAGAAGGACAAGGCGAGGCCAAAGAAGGCUACCUCGACGACCCGACCGUUCCCAAAGACUCCCGAACCCCCACUUACGCCAUGGCCGUCUGUCGAAUCAACAACGAGCGCUGGGACGGUGUCCCCUUCAUCUUACGCUGUGGGAAAGCCUUGAACGAGCGGAAGGCAGAGGUGCGGAUUCAGUACCGUGACGUCCCUGGAGACAUAUUUAAAGGGGAGACGAAACGCAACGAGCUUGUGAUGCGAGUCCAGCCCGGUGAAGCAGUCUACAUGAAGCUCAUGACCAAGAAACCGGGUAUGACCUUUGACCUCGAAGAAACCGAAUUAGAUAUGACUUACAGCGCCAAGUAUCAGAAUUUGAAGCUCCCAGAUGCAUAUGAGCGGCUGAUCCUGGAUGUCUUCUGCGGAAGUCAGAUGCAUUUUGUGCGAACUGACGAAUUGGCCGAGGCUUGGCGCAUCUUCACGCCAUUGCUGCAUCAGAUUGAACAAUCUAACAUCAAGCCUAUCCCUUACAAGUUUGGAUCCCGAGGUCCAAUCGAAGCAGAUGAGCUGCUGGCCCGCAAUGACUUCAAGUACUCAGGCACCUACGUCUGGCGUAAGCCUACUUUCAUGUAGCAACGUGGUGUGGGUGCAUGUUCUCCAUCCCACUCACAGCCAUUCCCUUCGUCAUUCCCAUUCUUGUGAUCCCGUCUCUGUCAUCUACCAUUCCUUUGAUUCACAGAAAUAAUCUUCAGCAAUCUGAUCGAUCGAUAUUUUUGGAUGGAUAUUUCUGUUUGCAUUGUCUCCAUAUGGUACUGAAGAAUGUGCAUGUUUAGAUAUGAUCCAGUCAUAAUUUGUUGUAUUUUCGAAGAAACAGCUGGAUGGUUUUUCUGCAUAACGUUAAUCAAGUUAAUUGGUUAAUCAAGCAUCUAUUUGCACAGUGUUGAACAUGUUCGCAUGAAAUCGAGUUGAUACCUCAAAUUGUUUCAGCAGAUUAGAACUGGUAUUGCUUGUGUCGAUUCAUACUCGUGUUGGUCACGCUGAUUCAUUGAUGCCUCUGUGUGACUGUGGACUAAGGACUAAUCUUUUGGCAGGCCACCAAUGCAAUAUUGCCUUAUGAACAUCCAUCUCCCAUUUGUGUAUGUAUUGCUUGUUUCCCACCUUCCCCUUCAUAAAUAAGGGACCAAAGCAUUUCCAUCAUCUCUUUUCAGAUUUCAUUGUCAGAAAGUCUAUUUUUGAAUCUGAGGAGAGUUUUUUAAUUUUUUGUCUGAUUGAAGAAUAUGGUCAUUCCAGGCUUUAACAUUCUUAUGUGAAUUUGUGUUCUCCUGUUGUACAUUUUCACAUAUUAUCCUUGUUGCUCAUAUCCUAUUUUAUCCAGAUCUCUGUCAUGCACAAAUAACGAGCAUCUAGCUCGAUACAAAAUGUUUCUAUAUGCUAUCAUAUUUAAUUGCCUGGUAACUUCAUGUUGUGAUGUGUGGCUUCAGCGCUUGCCUUGACAGAGCCCUCACCAGGUGGAAUUGCUUUCAAGAAGAGAAAUUUGGCAAAAAACUUGCCAGAGAAUCUUACGAUUCCAGUCGCGCUUCCACCACAGUGACAAUCCAGUUUCACAGCUGGUUGUUUGAAAUGUGGCAGUUCUUGUCUAUGCUGAAGGCACACUUUCCACUUUGCAUCCUAUGAAACUUAUUUAUUAUCCUAUUUGCUAUCCUAUUUUCAUGUUCGUGCAUCUUGAUAGCUUUGAAUGCUUGAGGCCCCCCUCGGUAGAUGAUGCUCCCGUGGCGUGGAGAGGCUGAGGUUUGGCUCUGUUGCAGCAUCGUUGACGCAGGAUCACCAGUCGCUGCUUCGGGACUUCCUGGAUGGGCCUCACAAGUACUGGAAGGACCUGGGAGCCUGAAUUAUGGGGGAAGUCAUUGUCAGCUGUGAUCACUUCCUUUUUUCGGGUUUUCUGUUUUUUUUUUAGUUUUACUCUCUUCUAUGUGGUCUUGGGUCUCAGAAUAAAUGUAUAUCUGUCA